GCGGCACCACCACGCACAACAAAACAGCUGACAACUACAACUGCCUGCUAUUAUUUAAUCGCACCAAAUUUGAUUUAUUUUAAGUAAAAACUUCAAUCAAAGCACACAGUACAAGAUGGCUAAAAGCCCCGAAACCGUUUCCUUAGACCAACUGGACAAGGAUCAAAUGAAAACAUUUUCAGAUUUCCUCAUGUCAUACAAUAAACUAUCCGAAAUGUGCUUUACGGAUUGCGUACGCGAUUUUACAUCUCGCGACGUUAAAGACUCCGAGGAGAAGUGUUCACUAAAUUGCAUGGAAAAGUACCUGAAGAUGAACCAACGUGUGUCACAGCGCUUCCAGGAAUUCCAAAUGAUUGCCAACGAGAAUGCUUUGGCCAUGGCCCAAAAGACCGGCAAAUUAUAGAGAAUGAGAAAGAGACAGGGAGAGAUCGAGAGCUGUAAGCUCUUCUUACUUAAAAACCUUUGUAGUUUAGAGUUUAAUAGCACCACAAACAAACAAACACACAUAAACAAACAAAUCACCCAAUUAACGAUAACGAAUAAUGCAUUUUUCUGUUGCAUUUCGUUUUGUCUUUAAACUAGCAAUUAAAUAAAUACCAAAACAAUGAAAAAUGCAGUGAUUGCAGGCCUGAACGAUUCCUAUAUUUUUAUUACUGAUCAAAAGUCGUUAAACAAAAAAAAGAACAAUUUGCUGCAAGUAAAUAAACAAUUGCCGUUUCGUUAUGAGCGUUAUUUGUUUUCUAUAGAUAA